ACGAAGUUAAUGUAACCAUACCUUCAAAGCACCCGCCAAGCAAGUCUCUCUCCUUCUACUUACACUAGAAUCUGGGCCCUUCGUCAGAUUCUUCACAUCUUACUUUGGUCAUUCGUUUCUUUCCCUCAUUCGAUCCCAAAAAGCAUCCUAUUGUAUCCUUUUCCUAAUACACAUUAUAUCGAACUGCGUUUGUUUUUCCUUUGGAGGCCCUCGUUAAACUCUACCUCCACUAUUACAUACGCUUGUCUCUCACUCUCUCACUCACUUUUAUUCUCACUUCUCACUUUUUAUUCUCACUCGUUCCCCUAUUCCCCACGAGCGCCAGAUAUACAAGUGUACCUACCUAGGUAAUUACUGGGUCGCGCAGUCGGUGUAUCGAUCAACAGAAUCUAGGUUUGCGGGUUUGGUAGACGGUGCUAUAGAUUUAAGAUUGGCACGUCCCAUCGCCACCAAUCUACGUCUCACAAAACAAACUUCCUACCCAGCUAUCCAGAGCCUCAAAAGGAAGGGAGGGACGGUUUCAUCCAUAUAACACGACUUUCUUCACUAUUGACCCAUUCUUGUAUUUUCGCAACCUUGAAACAACCAUCAAUCACCAUGUAUCCGACGCGGGUCAUCAAUUUGCUUAUGAUGGCGCUUUCGGUGACCUCCGUCACUGGAGUAGCUUGGCUCAACAAUGAACAGGGCCAUCAUGAGGUCAAGAGGCAAGAUGAUUCGACUACCAUUGGACUUGGGGGCCUCACAUCCGCAAACCCACUGAACCCUGCCACUACUACGGAAGCGAGUUCGACAACUACUGACGCGCCGUCAUCCACAUCUACUACCCAGCAGGCAACCUCAACUUCUACUCGCGAGUCCACCACAAGCGCGACCACAACUCGCCCUACCUCGACCUCUACAACCACCAACCCUGGACCCACUACGUCAACUGCCGAUACCAACGCACCAACUACCACUACAGCGACGUCCGCAACAUCGACGACUAGCGAUGGCAGUGGCAGCGGCGAAAGCACUACCAGCGACUCCCCAACUACGACCCUAGCACCAUCUACGUCUACCUUUUUCACUGUAAUCACCACUACAGAUUCAGCCGGCCAGACCUUAGUGACUUCAUCAUCUAGUGUUGUUAUAUCUACUCCCACCCCCGAUGCUGCCUCCACAAACAAAGCUACAGGAAUUGAUGAUGGUACUAAGAAGACGGUCAUCGGCGUUUGCGUCGGUGUUGGUGGCGCAAUUGUUCUCGCCGCUGCCGGUGUUCUGUUCUGGAGACUUCGAAGCAAGAGACGCAACCAGGAAGAGAGUGAGGAGUUGGUUAGCUAUGGUGAUGGAUUUGGUGGUCCCGGUACUGCGGAGAAGACUGAGCCCAGUGGUAGCACCGCCGGUCGCAGCCCGUUCCAGAGCACACUCGAGAGCUACCAUGCGCCAACGCAAACAAAUGCUGCUUCUAACUUCUAAACGCCGGGACAAGUUCCCGGCAUUUUUUCUCAUCUCUCACUGAUUAUGCGGCAUUAUUUUGGGCCCGCCGGCGUCGGAGUUGAGAGGAAGUAAUUUGCAUGGCAUCAUCGUCAUCAUCUUGUUUCAUCCCCUAUCACAUAAGCCAGCAUCCUAAGGAAUAGAGAA